AUGGUUGAUAAAGUGUUGAUUCUUGUACCAUUAGUCUUCCUAAUUAUAUGUUGUGAAACUGGCUCUGCCGAUGAAGAUUUAAUAGAUAGAGAUUGGUACCGAAACAUUAUCAAAUCAAGUGUUGUGCCACCUUACAUUGAAGCUUACAAAAUCUUCAAAGAAAAGAUUAUCGAAAAAUUAGUUAAUUUUAAUCAGAAUGAAACAUUGAUUUCAUCAGAAUCAGAAGAUAAUGAAACCAGAAUUCAUCAGUUUGCUCAAAAUUUACACUGUAAUAUUCGGCGAAUGAAUGAACAACUCAACGAAACUGUGGAUGUUAGUUAUCGAACAAUGAAACAUGUCGAAGCAAAAAUCAUUCCAGUUCAGAAGAAAAUUGAAAAACAAAAACGUCGUAUUCGCGAUAUGACAACGAAAAAAGCCAAGAUUGACAUUGCAAUAAAAAAUGUUAAAAAUCAGAUGGAUAUUAUGGAAAAUUUGAUUCAAGACAAACAAAAAGAUUUAGAUAGAGCUGAAGGCGAUGUUAAAGAAGCUGAACGAAAAUUAGAAAGGGCAAAAUUAUGUCGUAGCAAACGUUUUUGGGGAUGGAAUCCAAUUUCUGAAAUAAAAAAGAUCAGCGAUAAUAUAGCAACAGGUGUAAGUAAUGCCGCUGAGACAAUCGUAGACGGAACAAAGCAUGUCGUUUCAAAAACUGAAGAGGCAGUCAAAGAUGUUGGAGAUAAUGUGGCUGUGGGUUUUCAAAAUGCUGGAGAAACAUUGAAAGACGUUGGAAAUGAGGCGGCUCACGAUAUGCAAAACAUCGGACAAGCAGUUGCAGAUCAAGUAUCUGAACAUUAUGAAACAGUAGAAGAUGGAGUGAAAGAGUAUGUUAUUAAACCAGUAUGUAGCGUUUUCAAUCAUGAAGGUAUCAACAAUGCUCGAUAUAUUCGUAAUGAAGCAUUAAAUAGUUUGCAGAAUGCUCGUGAUCAAUUACAAAAACAUCGAAGUCAAUUAUCAAACUAUCAGAACAACAAACAACGCUUGGAACUCGAUUUAACACGAGCGAACGAUUUGAUCAAUGAAUUAAACAUUGAAAUCGGAAAAUUAUACACAAAUUUAAAUUUAACAAGUACGAUUAAUUAUGAAUUGAAAAUAGCCGUUCAUCAUGUAUCAAUUUUAUCCAGUCGAUCACAUGUUUUGAAAGAAGAAAUCAAAUAUUUAAUUGAUUUUAAUUUAUUAAUUCAACCAUUAAAUAAUAUUUAUAAUGAAUUGAAAAACAACAAUCUACUUUCACAAGCAAUUGACGAUCAACACGUUCUCAUCACAGAAGAAGAAAUAGAAUCAAUUCAAAAUAGUUUGAAUGAAUUAAUGAAUAUUUUACCAAAUGUUCCGAUGAAUACAAGUGAAAACGAACUUCUAAACGAUGAUGACGCCAAUUGUGAUGAAGGAAGAGGCUAA